AUGGAUCAGGUAUCAGCAUUAAAGGACAAAGGAAACGCGGCUUUACAAGAAGGCAAAUAUGAGGAUGCAAUAAAAUUUUACACAGAAGCCAUCGCCUUGGACGGUAAAAACCAUGUGUUAUACAGCAAUAGAUCAGCUGCUCAUGCCAAAUCUGGUAAUUACGAGAAGGCUCUUGAGGAUGCGGAGAAAACAGUAUCAUUGAAGAGUGACUGGGCGAAAGGAUACUCCAGAAAAGGUAGUGCACUCGCGUAUCUUGGUCGUCUGAAUGAAUCAAUAGCAGCUUAUGAAACUGGUCUCCAGUUGGACCCCGCUAAUGCUCAAAUAAGAGAAAGUUUGGAGGAAUUAAAAGCUCAAAAAGCAUCGAUGACUGCUAAUCCAUUCGCUUCUCCAGAUGCAUUCGUUAAAUUGCGCAACGAUCCGCGAACGAAAGAAUUUUUGAGUGACCCAGAAUACUUGAAGCUGCUGAAUGAACUCCAAACAAAUCCACGGGCUUUAGGCACUAAGCUGCAAGAUCCUCGUGUCCUCACUACGUUGAGUGUCUUAUUAGGUAUCAAUGCCAUGGGUGAAGAUGAAGGGAUGGAAGUCGAUCCACCACUUAAACCUGAAGAACCUAAACCAGCUCCUAAACCACAGCCAAAAGAAGACCCUAGUAUACCACGUGAAAAAAGAGAAGCCAUAGCAGAGAAGCAAAAAGGCAACGACGCUUACAAGAAAAAAGACUUUGAAACAGCACUCAGUCAUUAUAAUAAAGCUGUUGAUCUAGAUCCUACUGACAUUACUUACUUGUUAAAUAUCGCGGCUGUUUACUUUGAACAAAAGGAGUAUCAGAAAUGCAUUGAGCAGUGUGAAAAAGCCAUUGAAAUUGGUCGAGAAAAUCGCGCAGACUUUAAAUUAAUCGCCAAAGCAUUCACCAGAAUCGGACAUUCCUAUGAAAAGAUGAGCAACUGGAAGCAGGCUAAAGUUUACUAUGAAAAGUCCAUGUCAGAGCACCGAACACCUGAAAUAAAAACUAUUUUGUCGAAAUUGGAACAAAAGAUUAAAGAAGAAGAGAGAAAAGCUUAUAUAGAUCCAGUAAAAGCUGAAGAAGAAAAAGAACUGGGUAAUCAAAAAUUCAAAGAUGGUGAUUAUGCAGCAGCUGUAAAACACUAUUCAGAAGCUAUUUUACGCAAUCCGGAUGACGCUAAGUACUACAGCAAUCGUGCAGCAUGUUAUACAAAACUUGGAGCCUUUGAUUUAGGUCUUAAAGAUUGUGAAAAAUGUGUUGAAUUAGAUCCCAAGUUUGUCAAAGGAUGGGUACGGAAAGGAAAAAUCCUUCAAGGUAUGCAGCAACACAGAAAAGCUGUUAAGGCUUACCAAACUGCACUUUCAUUAGACCCAUACAACGCUGAAGCUUCCGAAGGAUAUCGCAGUUGUUCAGUUUACUUUGAUUCAAACCCAGAAGAAGUUAGAAAGCGAGCUAUGGCUGAUCCAGAAGUUCAGAACAUUUUGAGAGAUCCAGCAAUGCGAUUAAUUUUGGAGCAAAUGCAAAAUGAUCCUAAGGCUUUACAAGAUCAUUUAAAGAACCCCGCAAUCGCUGAGAAACUGCAGAAACUGCUGGAGUCAGGACUGGUCGCUAUUCACUAA